GGGGGGGAAUGGAGACACGGACAGACGGACACGGGGACACGUGGCAACACGGACGUGGGGACACAGACAGACAGAUAUCAUGGGGACAGGUGGAAACCAUGGGCAUGGGGAAACAGGGAAUGGACUAACGGACACGGACAGAUGGACACGGGGUCAUGAGGAUGCAGACAUGGGGAUGUGGACAGACAUGGGAAAAGAUGGAAACUUGGACAUGGGGACAAGAGGACACGGACAGACGUACACAGGAGUGUGGGGAUCUGGGGACACGGAAACACAGGCAGACACACGGACAUGAGGGCAUGGCCAUGGACAGACAGACGUGGAAGCAGAUGGGAACACAGACACGGGGACAGACAGAAGUACAUGGUCAUGGAUACGUGGGGACACACGGCCACGUAGGUACAUGGAGAUGGGACACAGACAGACACGUGGCAGUGUGGACACACGGACACAGGCUGUGACACGCGGUGUCACACGCAGUGACAGUCACACCAUCACACACACACUCGUCACACGCAGUACAACAGCUGUAGGGUCACAACCCCCCCCCAGUGCACACUCACAGCAUCACAACUCAUUGCACACCCACAGUCACACAGCUACACACAGCUACACGCAGUGACACACACACGGUUGCACACACACCCUAUUGCACACUCACACCCUAAAGCCCCAUAACGACCCUCACACGGCGGUUUUGGGGCGCACCCACACGAUGACCCCCCACACACCUCACACCCAUUACACAGGAAUAGGGUCGCACACCCGCCGUUGCACACUCGCAGUGACACGCAGUCACGUGGUUACACGCGCACCGUCACACCCGGCGGGGCCGUUACGCCGUUAUCCGUUCCGGGAUGGCGGCACCGGGACCGGAGGCACCGGGAGCGGAGCGGGGGCCGUCCCUGCGCCCAUCCGUUGAGCGGUACCUGCGGGAGCGGCCGGAGGUGGUGAUGCUGCUGCGGGGGCUGCUGAGGGAGGUGAUGCUGCGACGGCCCCACAACAUCCUGGAGUUCGCUGCAGGGUACUUCACAGACCCAGAGCUGCCACGGAGGAUUUGGGAUCAGCUGGAGACCCCACAGCGGCCACAGUGAUGGUGACACUCCCCCUCUCCCCCCCCCCCCGUGUGACAGAGCAGUGACAGGAA